AAUGGAUGACGACAUUCUGCCAGCCCUCCAUUGGAGGGGCAGUCGCUUUGGUGUCAGCUGGUUUGGAGUCAACUUGUACACAAACUCGAUCGGAAGAAUUUCGGAGGCAACAAACUGGCAACAAAAAAUCAAAUAAAAAUAACUAGACCGGGGGGGACACUCGUUGCACCUUGGCCAAGUCUCAUGACGGCAGUAGUGUAAUAACAAUCCCCCCCGGGCUAACUGGCUAGCUGGUUAGCCAUUUGUUCGCAGUCAUGGCUUCUAGGCAGCUGAGUUCCAGGCAGCGGGAGAGGAAACUACAGCGGGACGACGACGACGACGAUGACGACUCGGAAGCCGAGGAAACGAGCCCGAGCCGCAGCCCCAGCCCGAACCUUAGCCGGGGUCCGCGUAGGUCGCAGAUCAUCCACAGCGGGCACUUCAUGGUAUCCUCGCCGCACAGCGAGCACCCGCCGAAGAAAGGCUACGACUUCGAUACCGUCAACAAACAGACCUGUCAGACGUAUCACUUCGGCAAGGCGAGCACGUCUCACAUCUCGAUCGACGCCUCGCUCACCAAACUCUUCGAGUGCAUGACGCUGGCCUACAGCGGUAAACUGGUGUCUCCCAAAUGGAAAAACUUCAAAGGUCUGAAGCUGCUGUGGAGGGACAAGAUCCGUCUCAACAACGCCAUCUGGAGGGCCUGGUACAUGCAGUAUGUGGAGAGAAGACAAAAUCCCGUUUGUCAUUUUGUGACCCCUCUGGAUGGAAACAUAGACCUGGAAGCGCAUCGCUCUUCGGAGAUGAUCACCACGGAGGGCAAAUGCUGGAAGAGAAGAAUAGAAAUAGUCAUCAGAGAGUAUCACAAGUGGAGGACCUACUUCAAAAAAAGAUUGCAGAAGCACAAGGAUGAUGACCUAUCAAGUUUGCUCAAGGGACCCAAGGAGCAGUUAGCGCUGUUUGGGGAAGUCUCUCCAGACAUGCUCCGUGCUUGCUUUUGUCAGGAUGAAGAGAGCGAGGCCCCGGUGCCCAUGGAGCUGGAGAGCCUCUUCGACAUGGAGGUGCUGAUGUCCGAGGUGUCCGACACGCUUUUUUCCACCUUGGUCUCGCAUCAGCCCCCCGCCUGGCCCAACCCCAAGGAGAACGCUCAUGCGGUGAAUGCAGACAUGAUCCAACCGGGUCUCAUGCAGUUGCAGCCCAAUCUGGACUUCUCUUUCGAUCCACUACAAGACUUAUUUCACAGUUUCCGUCCGCCCGCCUUCCUCCCCGUCCCCCCCACCGCACCAUCAGUCACCCCCCUGCCCGGCAGCAGCUCUCCGUCGCAGGGCCAGUUAUUGUCAUCCAUGCAGCUCACGGAUAGCCAACUCCCGUCUCCCAUGACCAGUGCCACCAGUGGGACCGGUGCCGGUACCAUUGAGGACAACUACUUGCCUCUUUAUUCGGGGCAGGUGGGGCUCAGCGACCACCCCGACCCCUCCCCCCAUGAUGCCCUGGUGUCCCAAUGCCUGCCGGUAGCCGUUGCACCCAUGGUCCCCUCUACCUUGGACCCCACAGCGGCCUUGGGCGAAACCGGCGUGAUCACGCCCUCUACUGCGCCGACUGCCAAUUCCGCGCGCACGCAUCCCUCGCCACCCGCCCCCCGGCUGUCGUCGCUGGUUCCGCUGUUAGCCGCCCCGAAGCCGCCGCCACCGCCGCCGCCUCACACCUUCGCCCGCCCUCAACACCUCCAGCCGACCAACGCCAACAAAAAACGAGACUUGAAGAAGAUUUCCCCUGCUAACCCGAUUGCAGCACCACAGCAGCUCUUCAUCACAGGCGUCAUCCCAGCAAUGAAAAGUGACGUGACUUCAUCUCCCGGUGUGCUGAUCACACAUUGUGGCGUGGCUGGCGGAUUCUCUGUCGUACCUCAAAGCCAAAAAUCUCCUCAGUGUAUCGUCCCCGCCGAGAACUCGUUUUGCUCCAGCCAUCGAAACCAGGAGACCUCCUGUGGUGUCGUUCAAGGCCAGGCAAAAUCCAGCCAAGGCUCCCCUUGCGCUUUAGAUCAAGUUCCAAGUCCGCAGUCCCUGAUCAGCAGCAGCACAACACCUCAGAUUCCAAGGAGAGCACGCAUCGCCGAACAGAAGCGACGAUCAAAUAUAAACCACUGCUUCAAAGCGCUCGGCGACCUGGUUCCCACUCUCAACAACUCCCCAGCCAAUAUCAGUAUUGCGGUCGCCAUGCAAAAGACGGUGGAACACGUCGAGAAGCUCAAGCAGGAGAGGGAGCAAAUGCAAGAAGACAUCAGGAAUCUGCAGGAGGAGAUCACAAACCUCAAGGCCUCCAUUAACCUGUGUCACGAUCAGAUGCCAGCCACGGGGGCGCAGGUCACGCAGCGACGCUUUGACCACAUGCAGGACAGGUUCACGGAGUACGUCAAGCUGCGUUCCCGGCAAGACUGGAAGUUCUGGAUUUUCAGCGUCAUCAUCAAGCCUCUGUUCGAAUCCUUCAACAAGAUGGUGUCGACGGCGAGCGGGACGGAGCUUUGCAAGACCACACUGGAGUGGCUCGAACGUCACUGCUCCCUGGUCGCUCUCCGGCCCAUGGUCAGCAGCAGCCUUUGCCAGUUGAGCACCAGCACGUCCAUCCUCAGUGACCCUUCCCGUUUGCCCGAAGAAGCCCUGAGGCACGCCGACGUGGAGCCUUGCUCUCAGGCCAUCUGAUGACGAUCCUCUUCCUCCUCCUCCUCUCAUCAUCAUCAUCAUCAUCAUCAUGGAGGACUGAACUCAUCUUCGUCUUUUCACCCCCCCCCAAGGGCUCCGUUUUUGUUCCCAGCUCCAGUCAAGUGCGAAAUGCAGUCUCACUGUGCCCAGUGGGCGGAGUUUUCUUUUUAUUUGGCCUUUUUGUUGAGGUGCGCAGUUUGAAAUGGACGUUUGCGCCGUUGUGGGACUGAACAUAGCCGCCGUGCUUCCCAGCCCAUCGAAGUGGCUUCCCCCUCGUUCCCAUUCCAGAUGAGGCACGCGGUCGACCUGGCGAAAGCCAAAUGGACUCGCUGGAGUCCGUUCAGAAGGUCGGCUUGCGCAAAGUAUUUUUUAUUUUUUUUGCAAGAAGAUCGUCCAUUUUGGAGGAUGUAAAAUUCAUAAUUCAUUUGAUUGAUUGAGUUGGACAAUGAUUCACAGGGUUUGAUUUUGUCAGAUUUACAUGUCAACCUGUCAACCUCGGCUAAUACCUGACCUUAUAAAAAAAAAUACGAUUGAGGAUUACUUUUGCUGGUUUGCCGUGACAAUCGUGGCGAUCGACGACGGCAUUGUCGUUGGCGAUCAGCAGGUGAGACGAUCUAGAUUUCAGCCAAAAUGGUCUUUGUGAGAUCGGUUCACAAUUUAUUUUUUUUUCCUUAUAAAAGUUGUAAUACAGCGUACAUGAUUUGAAAUGAUAAAAAAAAAAAAAAAAACGUAAAAAAUACGGGGAAAACGUACAAGUUGACAGGUAUGGAUUUACAAAAGGAUUUCGAUGACAUACAGAAUCUGUCGGCCUGAACCUGGAUCAAAUCCACCAAAAUUGUGUUACGCCACCUGCGCCACAACUUUGCGACCCAGUUUUAGAACCGGUUUCACUGAGUCUAAAAUCGAGGUUACUUUCCGUCGCCAAAUUGUCGGCAGCACGGUGGAUUUGUAAUGGAAAACGACAUAAUUCCCUGCAAUGUCAAGCCAAAUUUCCAAACCCCGUCAACUCGACUUGCCCCCGCCACAAAAAUGAAGACGCACCAGUUCUUACAUCGAACGCACGUGCGCCUGUAGACGAAAAUAAAGCACCCGAGGCUUUCCAUUGUCAUCUGUGCCAUAAUGCUUUUUAAAAAAAAUAUGAUUAUAUGAGUGACAACAGAAACAGAGAAAGCGUCAUGUUUGCCUCAACGCGGGUUAUUAUGAACAAAAUUGAAAGCAGUUUGCGUUCAAAAGGGAAAUCUCUUGCUUACGUUUGUUUUUUCCUCAUAAAGCUUGACACCAGAAUGUAGCUGGGUCCCCCCGCCCCCCCGCUUCCGUCCCUCUCGCAUUUUUGCUUUUCUGGUGAGCCACACAACCUCCAACCCUCAUAGGGAGCUUCACCCAAAUGGCAAUAAAACACACAGAUUGUUCACUCGUCUCUAAACGUGUACAGUGCAGCGAAAAAGUAGUUGGCUUCAUUUUUUUUUCUUUGGCAUUGUUUCCUCACUUUAAUAUUGUCGCUCAUCAAGUACAUGUCGAUAAUCAAAGAUGUCAAAGUAAACAUCAAACAAUUCCUUUUUCCACACAAGGGGCAGCAGGUAGCUUGGAAUUGUCUUUUCAUUUUUUUUUUCAACAUAAACAGAAUCCCAAUUUCAAAACUGCAUUUCUUGUUUACUCCGUAUGUACAUUUGUUUGACCGAAAUAUUCAAGUGGAGAAACCACCAAAAUAAGAAUUUUAGGAGGAAAAUACUUUUUCAUGGCACUGUAUAUGAACUGUAUAGAUUAUUUUGGUCCUCACCUUUCUAUUUGUACGUGCGCGUGUGUGUGUGUGUACAGUUUUUCUCUCGAUCAACAUCACGUUCUUUGUCGGGAUCUCAGGGCAGUGCCGGUGAGCGUGUGAAACAGUGUCGCAUUGUGUUGUAUAAAAGUGUUUUGGUCACCACAUCGCACAGUUUGUGCCGUUGUUCUCUCGCAACAAAUGUCAUGAAGUCACGCAGUGUCAUGUUUUUUGGCCUGAACGUUUUUAAUCAGGGAAAGACGGCCGCGCCGUGCUUUGUCCUCAACGGGUUUUGUCGCCAACAAAAUUCAGGGGUUGAGCUUUUUAUUUUU